GCAAAGGGGGCAGGACUUUUUCUCUCCGGGUCCUAUUAAGAGCAAACUUUGUGUUUUUGUUCUCCAAGUUCAGCUCAGUGCUCUCCAGCCUGCACACAGUUCCUCUCUGCUGCUCUUUUUCUUUUCCGUUUCUCCUUAAUGGUUUUGUUUUCUCGCCUGUCGGUUACUGCUGUUUGCUUUUUUCAUGGGGGAUUUGGACCCCGGGAGGAUGCGCUUUUUGGAGGAACAAAUACUCAAAGUUGUCUCUUCGGCCAGUCCGGGGUUGGUUUAGUGGAUACAUAGAUGUUUUUCGGGUUGGAAUGAACAAUGGUGCGGCUCCUUGGUGCUGUGGCCGAGGGCAUGCUCUGGUUUCAGCUACUGUUGCUGUGCGCCGUGGAGUUGGAGCUGGGAGCCGGGGUUUCUACUUUCCAGGGUUUCUAUCUUCCACCUGCGAACGGGUCGCUUCACGCACCUGCUCGGAGGACAGACGGGGUUGUGCGGACCAUUGACCGGAUUUACCACGGAGGAGGCAAGGCGGGCUACCUGGUGUACCUGGAUGGGAGCAGGUUUCAGCUGGACAUGGAGCGAGACGAGUUGGUGCUGUCACAUCACUUCAGCCCCCAUUAUGUGCUCGCUAUGAUGGGGGAGAGCCCUGCGCAUUUGCAGCGGGAAUGCGUGUUCCGCGGGACAGUAGACUCCAACCCGGAGUCCCUGGCCGUCUUCAACCUCUGCGGAGGGGGUCUGAAGGGCUUCUUCGCCGUGAAACAUGCGCGCUACACCAUCACGCCUAUCAUCAGGGCGAAGGGACACGAGCACGACGUGCGCGCCCUGCAAGACAAGGCCGCGAAUAGCGCGCUCCACGUGUUCACGCGCGAGAGUUUCAGCUUUGAGGCCAUGCGCGAGGGGCGAGAGAGCUGCGGGACGCGCGACGGUCGCAGAGGUCGCGGGAAGGGGACACGGGACAAAGAGGGGCUCGCAGCAGAUAAAACAGAUGACCACGGUGCGCGCGGGCGGAGAUGGUGGAGCCGGAACACCGAAGACGCCGAUCCAAGGGUUGGCACACGGCACAAGAGGUCUGUCUCUCGCGCCAGGCACGUGGAGCUGCUCCUUGUGGCCGACGACACCAUGAUAAAGAAAUAUGGCAAGGACUUGAACCACUACCUGCUCACACUGGCCUCCAUCGCCUCCAGGCUGUAUGGGCACGCCAGCAUCGAGAAUCCCAUCCGGCUGUCGGUGGUGAAAGUGACCACGGUCAGUGAGAAGGAGAAGGGGCUCGAGGUGUCCAAGAACGCGGCGGCGACUCUGAAGAGCUUCUGCAAGUGGCAGAACCAACAAAACCCGCUGGACGACGACCACCAGCACCACCACGACGCCGCCAUCCUCUUCACCAGGCAGGACCUCUGUGGCCACCACUCCUGCGACACCCUGGGCAUGGCGGACGUGGGCACCAUCUGCUCUCCGGAGAGAAGCUGCGCAGUCAUCGAGGAUGAUGGACUUCACGCUGCGUUUACUGUGGCGCAUGAGAUAGGUCACCUGCUCGGUUUGUCCCAUGACGACUCCAAGUUCUGCGAGGAGCGUUUUGGCGUGAACAGCGACAAGCGCCUCAUGUCCUCCAUCCUCACCUCCAUCGAUGCCUCCAAACCUUGGAGCCGCUGCACCUCAGCCACCAUCACCGACUUCUUUGACGAUGGCAACGCUGAGUGUCUCCUAGACUCCCCUCACCAAGCCUUGUUAGGCCCGGAGGAGCUCCCAGGGCAGAGCUACGACGCAGUUCGCCAGUGUCGCCUGGCCUUCGGCCCCGAGUACACGGUCUGCCCAGGCAUGGACGUAUGUUCUCGGCUGUGGUGCUCCGUGAUUCGCCAGGGACAGAUUAUGUGUCUGACCAAGAAGCUGCCGGCCGUGGAGGGAACGCCUUGUGGGAAGGGACGUAUCUGCCUGCAGGGAAAGUGUGUGGACAAGACCCGCAAGAGACACUACUCGGCGUCCAACCAUGGCAGCUGGAGUUCUUGGGGUCCUUGGGGUGCGUGCUCUAGAACUUGCGGAGGCGGGGUGCAAUUUGCCCAGCGUCUGUGCAACAACCCACCACCACGGAACAACGGACGCUACUGCAUAGGGAAGAGAGCCAUCUAUCGGUCCUGCAAUGUCUCACCAUGUCCAGCAUCAAAUAAGAGUUUCCGGCAGGAGCAAUGUGAGGUGCGCAACGGUCCCCAGACAGAUCCUAAAGGGGUGAAGACUUUUGUUGAGUGGGUGCCUAAGUACGCAGGAGUCCUCCCUAAAGAUGUGUGCAAGCUGACCUGCAGAGCAAAAGGAACAGGAUACUAUGUGGUGUUCUCUCAGAGGGUGGUAGACGGGACAGAAUGUCGUCCUUACAGCAGCUCGGUGUGUGUGAAAGGGAAAUGUGUACGGACGGGCUGCGACGGCAUCAUUGGUUCCAAGCUCCAGUUUGACAAAUGUGGCAUAUGUGGAGGCGACAGCACAGGAUGUGUACGCGUUAUGGGCAACUUCACCAAGAAGAGUAAGGGCUACACUGACGUGGUGAAGAUCCCUGUAGGCUCCACCCACAUUAAGGUUCGUCAGCACAAGGCCAAGGACCAGGCCCGAUACACUGCCUACCUGGCUCUCCGAAGGCCCAAUGGCGAGUACCUCCUAAAUGGCAAGUUCAUGAUCUCCACCUCCGAGACAAUCAUCCCACUCAACGGUUCUGUGCUCAACUACAGUGGCUGGAGCCAAAGGGAUGAGUGGCUUCACAGCAUGGGACCUGGGGCCCUCCAAGAAGCCUUGGUGAUCCAGAUUCUAGCGACAGACGCUAAAAAUCCGCUGGAUGUCCGUUAUAGCUUCUUCAUGCCCCGCCGGACAGCCCCACAGCAGCCAUCAGCUCCGCUCAUCACCAACCCAAAGCUGACCCCUGUGCAGAGCACUACAACAGUCUCAACCACAACGAGGACCACCUCCACCACCAGUAGCGCCACUAUAUCUUCUUCCUCUCCCCCUGUCCUGCUCCAAGACCCACCUACAGCUCCAGGUCCCUCCACCCCUACCCCAGGGCCCCAGUGGAUAACGGGGUCCUGGAUGACCUGCUCCAGGACUUGUGACACUGGCUGGCAGAGCCGGACAGUGCAGUGUAAGGACAAGGACGGGAAACUAUCCAAGGGCUGCACUCUAGGUUCUCGCCCAUCCGCCUUCAAACACUGUCUGGUGAAAAAAUGUUGAGGCGUUAGGAGAGGGAAAAUGAUCCGUAAGACAAGAAGAAGUUUAAUCUAUACAUCUGAUAAAGGUCUCAAGUUCUGGGUGUAGGACUAUGGACCAAUGAAUUUAAGACAUAGAACCUUAAACAGGACUGUGAAUGUUGGCUGAAAGUGCCUGGACCAGAUACACAGACACUCAAAGACAGAUUGGCAUGGAUGUACCUGACUAUAUGUCAGAGCAAUGUCCUGGAAUAAUAGUAGCUAUGCAGAACACAUAGUAGGACGGAGUACAGUUUUUGUAUGAUAGUGACAAGCAUGGCCCUGGCAUAGCUGAGGACUUCAAUUGCAUGUCAUUUCCACAUGGACAGUAACUGAUUGUCUUUACUUCCGUCUCUAAAUCCUGGAGGCUUUGUGUGUUUUGCCCUGUAAUGGCAUGAGUGUCAUGUUUUUUUAUGCUAUUCCAUGUGUUCUAAUCACUGUGGGGAUAUGGAAGAACCCCUUUGUCUUUUGUCAUGAGUGCAUUCGAGACAAGUCCCAACGAUGGGAAACAGCUUGUCGUUAUUUCUGCCCUUAUUGUAGCCCUGUCCCACGACCGUCAUACUACGUUCAAUAGUGCUAGAUUGCCAUCUCCUGUAACUUCCGCCACUGAGAGGCUGUGAGAAAAUUUGUCACAGCAAGUAUGUUGAAGAUCCUAGCUCACUAGAUGGUAGAAAGAAAUGUAUCUUCCAUUAAAAACAACACAAUCCAAUCAAAGACAGCACAGGAUGUCUUUGUCAGGAUGUCUGUCAGUGGUGCUACUGAUGGCCAAAAGCUAUGUUACAGCAUUAUUAUUAACAUGGUGUUUUUUUUAUAUUCUGAUUGCAUACAAAUAGUCUUCCUGUAAAUGCUUUUACGAGUCACAGGGGCUGGAGAUACGAAUGACAGUCUUGGGUCAGGGUUACCUACAAGCGUUGUGUGUCUUUAUUUGACUGAUCUGACCAGCUGAAAACCAGAAAAGAUCACAAGGAGAGGGGAGGACUGAAUAUAAACUACUUCCCUUAGCAAUGACCAUUAGGUCAAGAGCAUCCAAAAGUAAUUGUAAGCCAAUGGAUAUGAUUUCCAAAUAAGGAUGCAUGGGAGGGUGACUUCACAACCCAGACAUUUGGCGAACAGACGGUGUCAAAUCAGUUGUACCCAAUCUUAAACUGUUCAGGUAUUUCUCUGUGCUCAGCUUCUUGAGAAGUUGAGAAGAAAGUUUUUCCUGAUGACACAAGUAUCGAUUGUACUUAAACUGAUAAUCACCUGUAAGGUGUGUAGAAACAGCAGCAUGGUGUAAUGGAACGAGAGUGUACUGUGGCCUUCAGAGGACAAACUUUACAACAGUCAAAGGGACAAAUUUACCACGACUCUCCUUAAUGUUUAUGGAGAUUAAUGAUGACUCACGGGUUUGGGGCGCUGCUUGAUGCGUGUUUGUGUAAUGUGUGUGUGUCUUUGUGUGCAUGUCAUGUGCUAGCACAUUCACAUACCCAGGCCUGUGUUUUAAGCACAUGCAGUAUUUACCGUGAACAUGUGUCUUUGUCCUCUGCUGCGUCUUGAAGCUUCCUCACUCCCAGUUCCAUUUGUAUCAAUCAGUAUGCUGGUGCUGGGAGGUUUAGGGUCCUCAUAUUUGUUUGUGGCAGUCAAUAUUUGUUUGUUCGUCUGUUUAUCUGUUAAGGAAGCAAUGCUAAUAUGACAAUGUGUGCCCAGGAUACUCGCAAUGACAGCAAGAGAGAUACUAAUGCAGUCAUUAAUAUCCUUUUGCAAUUCAGUUCUUUUUUUCAUUUGAUUUCUUUUCAUCACUCAUUCUCCAUUUUACUACUUUAAAUCCUCUAUUGCUGUAUUUGAAAAUGAUUGUUUAAUCCUUUUUCCAACCCUGAUGGGUAGUGUUUGCCAUGUUACAACAAUUCCGAUGGUGCCACAGGAUGAUUUUCCCACUUACCUCUACCUUGUCUCCACCUCAGUAGUGGUGGUCACAGCAGGAACUUGUAACUCCAGAAAUAAUGCUUCAGUAACUUAACUGAACUUCACACAAUCCACAAACCUCACUGUCAACAAGGUCUUGUCUGGAACUACUUUCUACAGAAGAACGCAACUACUACUCUGGGACACUGAUUCUGGAAAGUGAUGUUGCAGUUGAUUUAAAGAAAUUGUUUGACAUUUGGGGUAAUAUACCUAUCUUUCUUCUUGUCAAGAAAUAGAUGAGAAGAUUAAUACCACUCUCAUGUUUGUCCUUAUAUGAAGCUAGGACCAGGGAUUUGUUAGCUUAGCAGGACUGGAAACAGGGAAAUAGCUAGCCUGACUCUGUCCAGAGAUUUAAAAUAUGUCUACCAACAUCUCUCUGUUCAUCAGUUCACUAAUUAACCCAUCAUAUUUUGUUUGUUUAAUCCGUACAAAAAACAAAUGUAAAAACGACAAUUUGCCCAUGUUUCCAGUCUUGCUGCCUCUAGCUUCAUAUUGAACAGAAAGAUAUGAGUGUGAUAUCAGUCAUUACAUCUAACUCUCAAAAAAGUAUUAAACUAUUCCUUUAAGUGAAAAAACAAAACUAUCUUCUCUAGAUACCACCAGGUUUAAGUGAAGAAAUGUACUUUUUUUGUAAUUUGGGUGGCCUCCCCCCUAUAAAAUCUUCCUCCAAAUCUUGUGUGAAAAAUGAAAAUGUACUCUUAAAGGGAGAGUAAGUGAUUCUGCAGAAGGAUUGUAGGAUUGAACUCACCUUUUCCUUUUUGGUGGUUUCUCGGUCAACUCUCCAGUCUAGCACGAUUUCACUGCUCCUGUGCACGAGCACCAACGCCACCUGUUGCUGACUGGCUGGGAAAAUGUUGGGUGGCAGGGCUGUGUAGGAAAACUGGAUUUUUUUUCAGAGCAAGAAGAGGAGGCCUUGUCAGAGAGGAAAUAUUUGAUGAAUUUAACAAAAAGUGUAUUGGAUUACAAUCACUUACUUUCCCUUUAAAGAAAAUAAUACUGAGAACUUUACCUUAACUCUCCUGAAUGGUAAUCAUGCACCAGCAAUACAAAGUGCUGUUAAUUACAUACUUAAUGGACUUUAAAAUACCUUCCUGUAAUUGUGUUCAAAUUUCUGGCACCUGUUCAAUGUUCCUGUGUGGCAAAACCCCACCCAUCUGGCACCUGUGCAGGAGAAAACAAACCACCAAAAACUUUUUCAAAUACUACAUGACCCAGGUCAACAUACCACUCACAAAAUGGUCUCUCUUCUUCGCUCACACAUUCAGAUAUAUUUACACAAUGUAGACAUUUUUGUACAAUGAAUAGAUCUUUCAUAUAUGCGUUAGUAUUCAACCAUAUUUACACCGAAAUGUACACAUACAGACACACACUUCAUUGAAACAAUCCAGCAUUGACAGUAUUUGAGUAUAUGAGAAACCCUCACACACACUCCAUACAUACACACACAUACACACAAACUAUUUCCAGACUCUUCCAGUGGGGAAACCCCUCUUGCUGAACAACAGAAACACAGCACUGAACUUGUAAUUUAUUGUUUGUACAACUGGUAUGUGUGAAUAAAAAAAUGAGAUGAGUUUUAUUUAUUAUAGUAAUUUUGUAUCAAAUUACUAUUUAACUUAGGAAUCUGACUGUGCAGAAUCAUUCCUUUGUAAGAAUAUAGUGUUUCUUUUCUAGUCAUCCACAUGAAUAUAUGUACAUAAAAUCUAUAUAUUUAAACAUC